AUGUCGCUAUCGCACCCGGCCCUCACCUCUCAUGUGGAUGAGAGCCUCUUUGGAACCCCAAAACAGGUGGGCCAUAUGUCAGCCAUUUCUUUGAUCUGCAUUAGAUAAAACACAUAGCAGUAAGAUGUGACAAUUGAACUGUACAAAGUCUGUGUGUGUGUGUGUGUGAGAGAGAGAGAGAAAUAGAGAAUUGGUGUAAAUGUAUGUUGAAUUUGUUCACUCAAGGCACUGUCAGCCUGCGAUGUCAAGGACACUGAGAUGGGUGGCCAUUUCAGACCCUGGUGCCAGUCCAGGUCUGCUCCAAGUCAGAAGACUCAGAAACCAGAGACAGUUCGCAUAAUCACAAAGGACCUCAUCCGAGACCUGAACAAGUAUCAGUCAAUACCUCAAUUUCUCAUUCGGUUACUUGAUGUGAUCAUCAAGUCUAAUGCUUUGUGAACAUACCAGUACUACACUUGGCAGUGUUUAUUACUGUUUACUUAUUAUAAAAGAGAAUGCUAUCCAGUUCCAUAAACCGACAUUGCACCAAUAAACAUAUCCCACAAUCACAUUUUACAAGUGGUGGUGAAUUACAAAAUAAAAACAAAUCAUGCUGUCAUUUUGCCACGAUCCCAAGUAAGGAUCCGUCUGGGCUGUCUGUCAUCGUCCGCCCAACUGUGAUCAAGUGGAUCGCAACAGCUUCUUGGGUUUCAACCAAGGAGCAGGAGUCCACGUUGGAAGCCCAGAGGAGGGAGAGAGAAGCAGCUAUGGUGAGAAAGGACGAAUGUACCUGAUGAAUUUGUAAGCAACCUUUGCCACAUGAAAGCUGGGUGACUAACAGCAGUACAGGGUCCCAGCUACAGCACUACACCCUUGUGGAGAUGUAACAGCAAUACAUCAAACUAACCUCUGCACUGUUCCAAUGUUGCUGUUUUUCCUGACCAGGAUGCUGCUGAGGAUAGGAAGGCCCAUAUCCGCCAGGCUGACCUGUCUCGUCAGAAGAACCAGGGCCUAAGUGAGCUGGAGGCCGAGGCCAAGGAAAGAGCUCAGUACCUGUGGAGAGGGCCAACACCAUGAGGAUGGAGUAGGAGGACGAGGUCAAGAAACUCAAUGAGGUACAGCAAGAGAAUCAACCGGUCACUCUCUCAUUGCUCACUCUCUCUUUACUUCACUACUCUUUGUUAUUUGUUUUAUCUCAGCUUCAGUCCCAACAUCACUGCAAUAUCACACAUUUCCCCAGUUAUUCUACCCAUGCCCUGUCCAGACUCUUCCAUCUCUGUGUCCUUGUGCGUGUCGUGUAUGGUACCUUAUUGUUGUGGCCAGUUGAUCCUGGAUGCACAGUGCCACGCGGUGAGGGAUGCCCAGAUCCUGGAGAGGCAGCAGACCCUGGCUGAGCUGCAGGAGGAAGAGAGGCGUCUGGAUGCCAUGAUGGAGGUGGACCGCAGGAGAGCCCUGGAGGCCCAGGAGCAGAUCGACGAGCUGCGCAAACACCAGAGGAUCCAGUGAGGGCACACAUGCUCACACACACAUACACACCAACACAAUGGCCCAUUUAAAGCCAAAUACACUACAUCUCUCUUCCAAACUGUAACGCCUCAGCUGUCUUCCCUGUGUGUGUCUAUAGGGGAAAGCAGCUGAUUAUAAACCAGAUUGAGGAGCGUCUGGAGGACAGGAUGCUGCAGAAUGAGAUGAAGGAGCAGGAGGGCCAGCAGAUGCUGGAGAACCUGGAGAAGAUGCAGAUGGAUGAGCUGGAGGUAUUAUUAGUUAGAGACAAGUCUCCUUGUACAGUACAACAUUCUUAUAGCCAGGCUAAUGUAUUUCCACUUUGAAUUUCAGUUAGAAAUUACUCAUGAAUUAGCCUGGUCUCAGAUCUGUUUGUACUCUUGCAACUCUUGCAUAUCAUUAAUGAAUGAAUCGUAAUGCAGUUAGGCAUAACGAAUAAUAAACAACAUAAUGGUGUGGUUGUGAUGAGGUGGUGUUGAAGGUGUCAGGCGUAGGAGGGUAAAUCACAGAAUAACAGGCUUUAAUCGGCAAAAUACAGGUUUACGCAGAAAUGCGUCAAACACACUCCAGGGCACAAAACAGGCGCACUGGAAAAUACAAGGCACACGGGAAAUACUCCCUUCGAUACAAAAUACACGAGCACCACCGAGCUUCACUAACCUCCACAAUAAACAAUCACCCACACAGACAAGGAAGCAGAGGGAACACUUAUACAAUGAGUAAUGAGGGAAUAAGGACCAGGUGUGUGUGAUUGAAGACAAGACAAAUUGAGUGAUGAUAAAUGGAUCGGCAGUAGCUAGUAAGCCGGUGACGCUGAACGCCGAAAUCUGCCCCAACAAGGAGGGGAGGCAGCCUCGGCGGAAGUCAUGACAGUAACCCCCCCCUUGAUGCUGGCCUCGGGAACGGCCAGGAGGACGCGGAGCAGGGCGAGCCGGAUGUUGACGGUGGAAAUCCCGUAACAUGGAGGGAUCGAGGAUAUCCCUCACCGGGACCCAGCACCGUUGCUCCGGACCGUAACCCUCCCACUCCACGAGGUACUGAAGGCCCCCCACCCGACGCCUCGAAUCCAGGAUGGAACGGACAGAGUACGCCGGAGGCCCCCUCGAUGUCCAGAGGAGGUGGAGGGACCUCCCGCACCUCAGACUCCUGGAGCAGACCAGCUACCACCGGCCUGAGGAGAGACACAUGAAACGAGGGGUUAAUACGGUAAUCAGGGGGAAGUAAUAACCUAUAAGUGACCUCGUUGACUCUCCUCAGGACUUUGAACAGCCCCACAAACCACGGGCUCAGCUUCCGGCAGGGCAGGCGGAGGAGCAGAUUCCGGGUCGAGAGCCAGACCCGAUCCCCCGGUACAAAGACGGGGGCCUCACUGUGGUGGCGGUCAGCGUUGGCCUUCUGACGACGCACGGUGCGUUGGAGGUGAACGUGGGCAGCAUCCCACGUCUCCUCCUCGCACCCGAAACCAGUCAUCCACCACAGGAGCCUCGGUCUGGCUCUGGUGCCACGGUGCCAGAACCGGUUGGUAACCUAGAACACACUGGAAAGCCGUUAGGUUAGUGGAGGAGUGGCGGAGAGAGUUCUGGGCAUAUUCUGCCCAUGGCAAGAACACCGACCACUCCCCCAGCCGGUCCUGGCAGUAGGACCGCAGGAACCUACCCACGUCCUGAUUUACCCGUUCCACCUGCCCAUUACUCUUGGGGUGGAACCCAGAGGUCAGGCUGACCGAGACCCCCAGAUGUUCCACUGAAAACACUGCUACUCCUGCUGCUCUCUCCUCGUCUGACCAUGUGUUCUCGCAUACCCCGAGAGCAUCUGGUCAGCGGGGUGGUGGCACAGGAAUCCUCAUCUCUCCCAAGUGGACAUUCUCAAUUUUUCCCCUGACCCAUCUGUCUAUCUCCUCAUUUGAAUUACAUGCUGUCACAGUCACUAGCCCAUUUAAGCUUAAUAUCCUUGUCAUCUAUCGCCCUCCAGGUUCCCUUGGAGAGUUCAUCAAUGAGCUUGACGCCUUGAUAAGUUCUUUCCUGAGGAUGGCUCACCCCUCACAGUUCUGGGGGAUUUCAACCUCCCUACGUCUACAUUUGACUAAUUUCUCUCUGCCUCCUUCUUUCCACUCCUCUCCUCUUUUGACCUCACCCUCUCACCGUCCCCCCCUACUCACAAGGCAGGCAAUACGCUUGACCUCAUCUUCACUAGAUGCUGUUCUUCUACUAAUCUCACUGCAACUCCCCUCCAAGUCUCCGACCACUACUUUGUAUCCCUUUCUCUCUCCCUCUCCUCCAACACUACUCACUCUGCCCCUACACAGAUGGUAAUGCGCCGUCGCAACCUUCGCUCUCUCUCUCCCGCUACUCUCUCCUCUUCCAUCCAAUCAUCUCUUCCCUCUGCUCAAUCCUUCUCCCUCCAAUCUCCUGAUUCUGCCUCCUCAACCCUCCUCUCCUCCCUUUCUGCAUCCUUUGACUCUCUAUGUCCCCUGUCCUCCCCUCCAGCUCCGUGGCUUGAUGACUCAUUGCGAGCUCACAGAACAGGGCUCCGGGCAGCCGAGCGGAAAUGGAAGAAAACUAGACUCCCUGCGGACCUGGCAUUUUUUCACUCCCUCCUCUCUACAUUCUCUUCAUCUGUUUCUGCUGCUAAGGCCACUUUCUACCACUCUAAAUUCCAAGCAUCCGCCUCUAACCCUAGGAAGCUCUUUGCCACAUUCUCCUCCCUGCUGAAUCCCCCCCCCCCCACCCCCCUCCUCCCUCUCUGUGGAUGACUUCGUCAACCAUUUUGAAAAGAAGGUUGACGACAUCCGAUCCUCGUUUGUUAAGUCAAAUGACACUGCUGGUCCUGCUCACGCUGCCCUACCCUAUGCUUUGACUUCUUUCUCCCCUCUCUCUCCAGAUAAAAUCUUGCGACUUGUGACGGCAGGCCGCCCAACAACCUGCCCGCUUGACCCUAUCCCCUCCUCUCUUCUCCAGACCAUCUCCGGUGACCUUCUCCCUUACCUCACCUCGCUGAUCAACUCAUCCUUGACCGCUGGCUAUGUCCCUUCCGUCUUCAAGAGAGCGAGAGUUGCACCCCUUCUCAAAAAACCAACACUCGAUCCCUCUGAUGUCAACAACUACAGACCAGUAUCCCUUCUUUCUUUUCUCUCCAAAACUAUUGAGCGUGCCGUCUUUAGCCAACUCUCUUGCUAUCUCUCUCAGAAUGACCUUCUUGAUCCAAACCAGUCAGGUUUCAAGACUGGUCAUUCAACUGAGACUGCUCUUCUCUGUGUCACGGAGGCUCUCCGCACUGCUAAAGCUAACUCUCUCUCCUCUGCUCUUGUCCUUCUAGACCUGUCUGCUGCCUUUGAUACUGUGAACCAUCAGAUCCUCCUCUCCACCCUCUCCGAGCUGGGCAUCUCCGGCGCGGCUCACUCUUGGAUUGCGUCCUACCUGACCGGUCGCUCCUACCAAGUGGCGUGGCGAGAAGCUGUCUCCGCACCACGUGCUCUCACCACUGGUGUCCCCCAGGGCUCAGUUCUAGGCCCUCUUCUAUUCUCGCUAUACACCAAGUCACUUGGCACUGUCAUAUCCUCACAUGGCCUCUCCUAUCAUUGCUACGCUGACGACACACAACUAAUCUUCUCCUUUCCCCCUUCUGAUAACCAGGUGGCGAAUCGCAUCUCUGCAUGUCUGGCAGACAUAUCAGUAUGGAUGACGGAUCACCACCUCAAGCUGAACCUCGGCAAGACGGAGCUGCUCUUCCUCCCGGGGAAGGACUGCCCGUUCCAUGAUCUCGCCAUCACGGUUGACAACUCCGUUGUGUCCUCGUCCCAGAGUGCGAAGAGCCUUGGCGUGACCCUGGACAACACCCUGUCGUUCUCCGCUAACAUCAAGGCGGUGACCCGAUCCUGUAGGUUCAUGCUCUACAACAUUCGGAGAGUACGACCCUGCCUUACACAGGAAGCGGCACAGGUCCUAAUCCAGGCACUUGUCAUCUCCCGUCUGGAUUACUGCAACUCGCUGUUGGCUGGGCUCCCUGCCUGUGCCAUUAAACCCCUACAACUCAUCCAGAAUGCCGCAGCCCGUCUGGUGUUCAACCUUCCCAAGUUCUCUCACGUCACCCCGCUCCUCCACACACUCCACUGGCUUCCAGUUGAAGCUCGCAUCUGCUACAAGACCAUGGUGCUUGCCUACGGAGCUGUGAGGGGAACGGCACCUCCGUACCUUCAGGCUCUGAUCAGUCCCUACACCCAAACGAGGGCACUGCGUUCAUCCACCUCUGGCCUGCUGGCUCCCCUACCUCUGCGGAAGCAUAGUUCCCGCUCAGCCCAGUCAAAACUGUUCGCUGCUCUGGCACCCCAAUGGUGGAACAAGCUCCCUCACGACGCCAGGACAGCGGAGUCACUCACCACCUUCCGGAGACAUUUGAAACCCCACCUCUUUAAGGAAUACCUGGGAUAGGAUAAAGUAAUCCUUCUACCCCCCCCCCCCCCCUUUACUCCAACCCACCCCCCCCCCCCCCCAAAAAAAAAAAAAAAAAACAUUGUAAAGUGGUUAUCCCACUGGCUAUAAGGUGAAUGCACCUAUUUGUAAGUCGCUCUGGAUAAGAGCGUCUGCUAAAUGACGUAAAUGUAAAUGUAAUGUUCCAUGAACGCCUUCCAGACCUUGGACGUGAACUGGGGACCUCGGUCAGACACUAUAUCCUCUGGUACCCCGAAGUGCCGGAAGAUGUGUGUAAACAGGGCCUCCACAGUUUGUAGAGCCGUGGAAGAGACCGGGCAGAGGAAGGAGGCGGCAGGCUUUAGAAAAGCGGUCCACAACGACCAGGAUAGUGGUGUUACCUUGGGAGAGGGGAAGAUCAGUUAGAAAAUCAACACUUAGGUGAGACCAUGGUCGUUGUGGAACUGGUAAAGGUUGUAACUUACCAGCUGGGAGGUGCCUAUGUGCCUUACUCUGGGCGCACACUGAGCAGGAGGAGACAUACACCCUCACGUCCUUAGCCAAGGUAGGCCACCAGUAUUUUCCGGUCAGGCAGCGCACUCUACGGCCGAUACCUGGGUGACCAGAGGAGGGUGACGUGUGUGCCCAGUAGAUCAGACGAUCAUGGAUAAGAGCAGGCAUGUACUGUAGCCCAUCUGGACACUGUGGUGGAGAGGGAUCCGUGCAUAAUGCAUAAUGCGCCACAAUGCAGGAGGCCGGCAGUAUGGGGGUGUUGUUGCUGGGCCUCUCCUCUGUGUCAUACAGCCGGGACAGUGCGUCUGCCUUCACGUUCUUCGUACCUGGGAUGUAUGAUAGAGUGAAAUCAAACCGGGUGAAGAAUAGGGCCUGCCUGGCGAGGAUUCAGCCUUCUCGCUGCCUGGAUGUACUCCAGGUUAUGGUGGUCCGUCCAGACGAGGAAAGAGUGUUUCGCCCCCUCGAGCAAAUGCCUCCACCCUGUCAAGGCUCGGACAACAGCCAACAGCUUCUGAUCACCAACGCCGUAGUUCUGCUCCGCCGGGCUGAGCUUCUUCGAGAAGAACGUACAGGGGCGGAGCUUAGGUGGCUUACCUGAGCGUUGAGACAGGACAGCUCCUAUCCCAACCUCGGAAUCAUCCACCUCCACUACGAACGGUAGUGAUGAAUCGGGGUGGGCCAGUACAGUUUGCUGAAGGCCAGGUCAGCCUAAGCAGACCAGCGGAGCCGGGACGGCCCACCCUUCAACAGGGAGGUAAUGGGAGCUGCGACCUUGCCAAAAGCCAAGGAAGCACUGCACCUCCUUAACCGUGGUUGUAGUCUGCCAAUUACGCACGUCUGAAAUGCGAUCUCCCUCCAUCUCCACACCUGAGGUGGUAAUGCGGUAUCCGAGGAAGGAGACAGACUGCUGGAAAAACAUACACUUCUCUGCCUUAGCAUAAAGGUAAUUUUCCGACAGUCGGGCCAGCACCUUGCGAACCAGGGACACAUGCUCGGCGCGCGUAGCGGAAUACACCAGGAUGUAAUCGAUGUAGACCACUACACCGCGACCAAGCAUGUCCCGAAACACCUCAUUCACAAAGGACUGGCAAAACUGAGGGAGCAUUCAUCAAACCACAGGACAUCACCAGGUAUUCAUAAUGCCCUGUGGUUGUGCUGAAUGCUGUCUUCCACUCAUCUCCCUCUCGGAUACGUACCAGGUUGUACGCACUCCUGAGAUCUAAUUUGGUGAAGAAGUGCGCCCCAUGCAUUGAUUCAAUCACUGAAGGAAUGAGGGGGAGAGGAUAACUAAAUCUUAUCGUCUCCCUGUUCAGUGGUCAAUAAUCAAUGCACGGGCGCAGACCUCCGUCCUUCUUCACAAAGAAGAAACUCGAGGAGGCAGGUGAAGUGGAGGGACGUAUACAUCCGCCUCAAUGAGAUCAAGGAGAAGAAUCUCAGGGAGCUCAAGUAAGUACAGGGACUGGGUGGGGACUAGCUAUUUACAGGGACAAGGUGGUACGUAGAAUUGAGGGGAACUGAGAGGAUAUUACAUGAAAGCAACAGUAAACCAGGUGGCUUUGUUUUGGAUGGUCAGGUUUAGAGUUUUGUAAUUCAUGUUUGAUCAUUUUACUUGUAGGGCUGCUGGACUUCCAGAGAAGUAUUGCAAUGAAGUGGAGAGAAGGGUGCAUGCUCUCCCUGCUCUGGCUCACUAGCAUGACUGACAUACUACAACACAACCCCUGAUCUUUAUCAAAGACUUCGCACUUUCUGACAGGGUAGAAAGGAGAAAAUAAUUGGUACAAGGUAGAAAUCUAGUCUAGCGCGUUUGUAUUAGUGAUCAUUAGAUAAUUUCUGAAUAAAGAUGACUGUAUACAUUAAACUAUGAAAGUUUUUAAUUGUACUGUAGGCGUGACCUGAAGUAGUGCACAUGAACUAUUCAACAACUGAUUGAAGUAAAAAUAAAAAUUGAUUAUUUGACUUAAAUGUGAUGUGAAAAUGCAAAUUCUGUUAUGCCAUGUCUUUUUUGUAGGAUAAAUAA